CAUGGGCGGAGAAAGCAAGCUGCUGUCAGAAAAAGUGUUGUUUCCUUCUCUUCUUUACUAUUUUUCACCCCCUUCUGCUUUUGCAGGUUUUGUUAAGUUUUUCAAUAUAGCAUGGCUUGCAAAUACACUACUUCAUGGUCUUUUCGGAAUAACAUUGUUCGUAACUUCCAUUAUAGCCUACUUUAUACUAAUUACCAAAAUCGCUGAUUGCAAUCUUCUGCCUCUCGGUUCUGCGGUUCUAAGUAUACAGAACUGGUUCAGUUCCGGUUCGGUUC